AUGUCGGAGAUAGAUGAGCAAGAUGUUCUAGAUGUUUUUCAGACCCACGAUAGGCGCAAGAGGGUGUACAAUAGUCUGGAGAGAAAGGAAAUAGACCCUUUCAAAGAAGAAUAUUUUGCGGCAACAUCUAAUCUUGAACGCAAACAGGUUGUAUGCAAGAUUCUCCCUAAACUAUUUAAUAUUUGGGUUACGACAGGAAGUAGACGUCUGUCUGCAACUCAGGAAUUUGCACAAAAAGAGGCAAAGCGGCUACUUGGUUGGAUUCGGAAUAAUUGGAGAGCACCUCAACCAACCGGUGCUGAACUCAAGGGGGAAAAGCACAAGCGUACUACUGUGCUAUGGCGAACCCGACCCGACGAUGUCUAUAAGGAAAUUGCCUCAAUCCUUGGACUUGAACAUGCCGACAGUACUACACCUUUGGCAUUUGAAACCCGCUCCCGUGCGAUGGGCAAUAUUAUUAGCCGCAUGACUCCGCAAGAAAAACGAGCUCUGGAUAGGGAAGCGGAAACAUUGAAUACAGUUGAGUAUACGGACGAGCAGAAACUAAAGAGGGGGAACAAAUAUGCUUUUAAGAGGCUUGAUGAGGCUGCUACUGUUCAUUGGGCAGAAAUGGGUUUGAUGAAUAUAACAUUUGUUGCAAGGCUCAAUGAAUCGGGCCAGCUCUCUGUCCGAGUUCAUGAUCAAGUUGCUAGUACACUUGGUGUUGUCUCCACUCUGUUUGAGGACCAGAAGCCCGAUGAAGUCACCCAAAUGAAGAGGAUGGUUGCUACAUAUGUUCGUGGGUUGUUAAAUGCUAGAGACAGAAUACGGAAUGGGACCCGCAAUGAAAACACUACUGAAAUAUCUAUCCUUGACCAAGAUCCCGACGGAUUUCCGCUUUUGCCAUCCAACUUUGAUGCAAGUAAAUACAACAAGGAACAGUUGGAAGAGUUGUAUCGUAUGUAUAUGGGGCAGAACUACUUUUUAGCCACCAAUGGCCGUUCUAAACAUGCACCAUUUAAUGCUCUUCAUGAAUAUCAGUCAACAUUUAUUUCACCAGAAUAUUUACCCCCAAAGGUCCGCCUUAAUGCACCCCGCUCAGUCAGUUUAGAUGACCUCCGACGUAUCAUGGACCACAUUUACGCCCGACAAGAAAUAUUUCCACCCAGCCAGGUCUUCCGCUUCCGCAAGGUAAAAAAAUUUAGGAAGGGGGAUGAAACUACCCCAACAAAUUACCCCGACGAAGACUUUCAAUCUGAUGCAGAGAAGCGCCGGGUUCCACCUAAAAAACCAAAAAAAGCAGCUAAAAAGAAGAAUACUGCCGCACCUACGAAACCCGCACCUCUUGAAUCUGCACCACUCCGCAUUGAAGACAUGCAAGGUGCUUCUCAAUUGGUGUCCUUUGAUAGUUUUCAGCCAGUAGAAGCGCCCUCAAAAGCACCACCUCCACCACCUCACACAAAGAUCAAUAUGCAGGAUAUUGACCCAGUUUUUAUUCUGGAGCCUGGGCGGCAUACCAACAAAAACAAAUCUUCCCGACCCAAACCACGUCCGAGAAAAAAGCCAACCACUCCCGAUGAGAUUGCACAGGCUGAAGAGUCAAGACGUUUAUUGGAAGAGGCGCGGCAGAUCGAGGCAUCAUUGCAUAUACCAGCACAUGCAGAUAAGCAAGCAGAAAGUUCAGGUGUGCGAAGAAAGCAUAGAGAGGUAGAUGAGGACCUUAUUCUCUCUGGAAAGCGGGUACGCCGUCAAAGACAAAGAAGCCAUUAG